CAUUUUUAUUUUGGUUUUUAUCUUGGCACAAAUUUUUAGAAAAACUUUUAAAAUGCAACGUGUGAGAGGACUGCGACCCAUGAUCCCGGGCACAUGGCAAUAUUUGUCCAGAGCUCAAACAGGGUUGCGCCUGCCUUAUGCUAUGCGGCACUAUGAGAUGGGUGAAUUUUUGAAGGAGCAAUCGGACCAUUAUUCGGGCACCAUGGCGGAAAUUGUGGAGAAGAUACGUAAGCGAGUGGGCGCGGAAAUAGGCUAUCAUAUCGUACCCAAGUCACGAAAGCAUCUGCUGAAGCAUCAGCCCAAGCCGGAGCAGCUGCCGCCGCGAAGCAUGCAGGAUUCCUAUACAACGGUCACCUUGCCGCUUAGCGCGGAUGAGAUCAUACGAGAGCGUUACAUCAAUCACCUGGGCAGAAUGCGUAUUGGUCGCCUAAUGGAGGACAUGGAUAUGUUUGCAGUUUGGCUGUGCCAUCGUCACAUUAACGUGCCGGAGCUGCCCGAGGAUGUGUCUUUGCCGUACACUUUUGUCACACUGCUGGUGGAUCGUAUCGAGUUCACAAACAUUGUUGAUUUGCAGGUAAACAAGGAUCUUGAGCUGAGCGGUUUUGUAUCCUGGGCGGGUCGCACUUCCAUGGAGAUAACAAUCUAUGUGCGCCAGCUUCUGGAUGGGGAGUAUCUGAACGUGACCAAAGCGUUGUUUCUGAUGGUCGCUCGCAAUGCAACCAACACGGGCCCUGCGCCGGUGAAUAAGAUUAAGCCCGCCAAUGAAAUGGAGCAGCAAUGCUGGGAGCAGGCGGACAAGCGGCAGGAGAUUCGCAAAACCUCCAAGACUGAAAGUGUAUUCAUUUCGCCACCACUGGAGCACGAGCAGGCCAUUAUGUAUGGCCUGCUCAAACUGACCACAGCACCGGAUAGCUUCGAUUUAAACAAACGCAUAUUGCCGCCCAAAUGCCGCUGGAUGGCCGACAGUCAGCGUACCACAAUAAUGAAUCCCUUUCCAGAGAAUCGCAAUACACAUAACACUAUCUUCGGUGGGUAUGUGAUGCGUCAGGCCGUCGAGCUGAGCUUCAUAAUGGCCAGCAUCUAUAUAAGAGGUCGUCCCAUUUUGAAGUGCAUAUCGGACAUUAGUUUCAUGCAUCCGGUCCAGGUAACCGCAUUCCUGGAAAUGACCGCCCAUGUUGUGUACACCGCGCAGAACUAUAUCCAAUUGAUGACAGUUGCCCAAAACUGGGAUGCCAAAAGCGGCGAGAACAUAACGACCAACGUAUUCUAUCUCACCUACCAGACGGAUUCUAUUGUGGAUGAGGUGUUGCCGGGCUCGUAUCGCGAGAUGCUCUGGUAUAUACAUGGGCGGCGCAAAUUCAUGACCGCACUCAACUUGCAGUUGGAUGUGCCCCAGCCCGCUAAUGAAGACUGUCAGGUGAAGGAGGUAACUGCAAAAUAACUAACACACGCUUAGUUUUUCGUUUUCCUCGUACCUCGACACAUAUAAUUACGAUUUUGUAAUUGUUUAUUUUCUUUUUACAAAAUUAUUUGUAAUCAAAGUAUUUAAAAAUCCUUAAA